AUGGCGAUAGGAAUGCAUGCAGCCACAGCAGAAGUGAUCGCGUAUGAUGAUGCUACAAAACCGAUCAAAAUUGUCUAUGAUACAUGGACACCUCGACCGCAUUUCAUUAUUGUACAACGCGAGCAGAAAAAAGACGCUACCGAUACUGAACUUCAAGCAACCUUUGAAAUAGUCGGUCAAUUCUUGUCUGAGAAUCGACAAUUUGUAGACCAAGCUAUACUUUCGUUUCAUCGCGGUAGUUGGUACCAAGAAAAUACAUCGAAAUGGCACGCGCAUAUUUGUGUCCCUCUAGCGCCUUACCUCCAACAGGCUAGGAAUCAAAUUCGAAAUAUUCCCAAUAACAGACAGUGGCAGGGUGCGCAAUCAGCCGAGCAGGGUAUUACUAAUUUACACAAAAAAAAUAUGCGUAAAUAUCAAAAUUAUAAAAACGACUGUAUCCAAAAACCGAUACCAAAUUCAACACCAGUUGAGUCUAUUGCUCUUUCAAGAUUCAACCCCAAUACGAACGAGUUUCGACUUGUUUGGUUAGCAUCCACGCCACGUAUUGGGGUAGUAGCUCAAGCUCCUGCGCAAACUAAACUAGCUUCUCUUUAUCGAUUCAUGAGUGACACACGUGUUGCCAUGGAACGAGCACUCUCUCAAGUUGAUCCUAGUUUUGGUAAUUUUGGUUGUCAUUUUUGUUUAUAUGUUCGUGAUCAAACGGACACAUUCACAACAUGUCGACCAGAUCAAAUUUUAACAGCAAAUGGCGAAAUCAGUGUAGAUCCCAACAUUGUUGGAUACAUUCAAAUGGAUGAAAAUCAAUAUGCCCAGUGGUUACCCAGCAAUGUAAGACAAAAAUGGCUCGGUGAAUUCAGUCGUGCUGAACAUUUUGUUCGAACAUAA